UGGACGGAAGGGGGAGAUUUAUGCGGAAAGCACUUUAACAGAGCACAGCUUGCUCCGCACAACGCGAAGCUACAGCUUGGCGACGCACAGGCUCUAGACACGUCUUGCAACUGCAGCUGCAACAUCGCUUAUCCAGUUUCUUCAGGAAGCGUUCACUGUAUCCUGCAGCUGUAGAACACAGGAAUGGAGGAGCAAGAGGUGGAGCAGAUUUGCAAGCAACCUGAACCAGCACCAGACACCCAGGAGCUGCAGCAACAGAAGCCUGAAGGAGAGAAACAGGAGGUCAUGGAACCACAGGUGCAGGUAGUCUCUGAGAAAGUGGUACAGCCAGAGUCAGAGAGACCGGAACAAGCCAAAGCGGAAGUUCAGGAACAAGCAGAACCAGAGGCAGAGAAGGAGGUACAGGUGCAGGCUGAGGAGCCAUCUGUGAAGGCCGAGGCAGUGCCAGUGCAGGCCGAGGAGCCGUCUGUGAAGGUGGAGGCGGUACCGGUACAGCCUGAGGAGCCGUCUGUGAAGGUGGAGGUGGCACCAGUACAGGCCGAGGAGCCAUCUGUGAAGGUGGAGGCGGGACCGGUAGAGCCUGAGGAGCCGUCUGUGAAGGUGGAGGCGGUACCGGUACAGGCCGAGGAGCCGUCUGUGAAGGUGGAGGCGGUACCGGUACAGGCCGAGGAGCCUUCUGUGCAGACCAAGGAGCCAGAAAAAGUUGCAGAGCCAGAACCAGAGAAACCACAGCAACAGCAGGAACCAGAGCCCAAAAAACCGGUGCAGUCAGAACAAUUACUGGAGCAAAAGGCAGAACCGUUAGAGCAGGCAGCAUCAGGGGAAAAGCCUGAACAGCAGCCUGAGUCAGAAAAGGCAUCAGAGCCAGAGAAAAGCUCAGAAGCGGUGGCAGAGCAGCAGCCUGAAGGUGAGGUGAAGAAGGCAGAGCCAGAGGCUGUAAAAGAGGAGGAGCAGAAAGACCAGGCCCCUGAAGCCACACCAGCUCCUUCAAUUGCCCCAGGCUCUCUCUCCUUUGCCUUUCUGGAAGAGGAGCAUACUAAGAUGGCCUUGCUCACGUCCCAUACCCUUUUCAUUCUGAGAGGUCUGCCUGGCAGUGGCAAAAGCCGGCUUGCCGCUGCCAUCAGCGACUUCUACAAGGACGUCUGCACCGUCAUCUCUGCCGAUGACCACAAUGUGAAACCUGAGAAGUUGAGCGCAUCUGCGGAUGGGCUCAAGGCAUUGGACAAGGCGGUGGUAGAGUGCUGCAGUCCUGGUAAGGCGGUGAUAGUGAUUGAUGACACCAACCACACUCACAGUCGACUGGCUCGCCUCGAAGAGCUGGCAGAGGAGCAUCAAUACCUUGUCCUCAUUCUGGAGCCCCGCACUGAGUGGUGCAGAGAUGUGGAGCAGCUGGCUAAGAAGACCAAAAGGGGACUGGACAAGAGCCAGAUCCAGGCCCUGAAGGGCCCUCUGGAGGAGACCUCCUUGCCCUUCUAUUUUGGAUGGUUCCUGUCCCCUACAUUCAAGGACAAGCUGAAAGGCAUGGCUGAGGACCUCUUGAAGACAUUGGGGACCUUGGAUGCCUUCAAGAAGCACCUCGCUGACUUUACUGGAGAGGCUGAGAAGGAGGUGAACCUGGAGCAGUACUUCCAACAAACGGGUCCACUGCACUGCACGACUAAGUUCUGUGACUUUGGGAAGGCAGAGGGCGCCAAAGAGUAUGCAGAGAAACCGUCUGUGAAGGAGUGGUAUGGGCGCAUGACGGAGCUGACGCUGAGUGCCCUGUUCAUCACACCCCGCACGCUGGGCGCCCGGGUCGCGCUCACCCAGGAGCAGCUGGAGCUCUGGCCCGCCGACGCCAAGGCCGAGUCCGAACCCGACCUGCCCGCAGGCAGCCGCGCCCACGUCACCUUGGGCUGCGCCGAGGGCGUGGAGCCGGUGCAGACGGGCCUGGACCUGCUGGAGAUCAUCCAGCUGCAGCAGCAGGGCCAGGAGGGUGAGAAGGUGCAGGACCUGGAGCUGGGGCCACUCGCUUAUUAUGGUAAGGGCAUUUGGGUGCUGAGCCUGAGCGAGCCCAGCCUGGUUCCAGCCCUUUUCUCCAGCUACUAUGGCCCGAAGAAAGGGGAGGAACUCAAGAAGAAGAAGCCUAAGUGUACCAUCCUGUGAAGCAGGCAGCACUUACGAUUGGGUAGAAGGAGGCUUUCCCUUUUUUGUUGGUGUGGGUGGGGCAUGUUUCAGGUGUUUACUUUGUUUGGAGCCUGGUGGAGUGAAUUGAACAUUCCCGGCAUUGUAUUUGCUCCCUCUGCUUAGCAGAACAACCAAAGAGGCCUUCAAACUGCUGUAUUUAGAUGUACUCUCUCUCCACCUAUGGUCUUGCAUUUUUUUUGUGUGUACAAUUGCAAAAACCAGUCUGAAGUGGGAGUUUGACACAUUCAUAUAAGUGCUGAUACAACCACUGACCAUAUUCAGGGGUUGUUGCAUCAGAGCAUAUACACGUUAUGCUCAGAAACGCAUGGUUAAACCAAAAUUGUACAAGGGAAUUGUGGGAGAGACCUGGAUAAAUCAAAAAUCCAUCAAUCACAUUUGUACUACUCUAUCAGACACAAUUUGAUGUAGUGUUAGAGUGGCCUCUACUGCAACAGCUACUGGAUUGUGGUCAUAGCCCUAAAAUACCCCUGAGCAUGAUGACCAACUCCAACUACACCCCCCACCAUUGUCCUUUAAAGUGCUUAGUUCCACAAUUAAUGUAUUUAGUGGGCUAUAUUAAAAGAUGUUUGAUUAAAUUUGCACUAAAAGGUGUCCCACUCAGAUAUUUGAAUACAGGCAAACUGUGGCGCUGCCUUAUCAAUAAGCACUUACGUGCCUCCAUCUUCCAUGAUACCAUGUUACCCUGUUCAUCACUCCUGUGGAAAACCUGUGUGAAUUUAACAGCUUUUUUGCCAUGGUCCGAAUGUGCACAUUUCUGCUGGCAAAGUGGAAAGUGGUACGAUUUAUAUGCCAGAAACCAAAGGCUUGUGCAUGAUUUGUGAGAUCUUAGACUGUGAAACAUAUACAUAGAGGUCCUUCCUGCAAAAUGCUCUGUACAGUGCUGCAAUGCAAAAAGGGAGAAUACAGAUGAUUGUGCAGCCUGUAAAUCAAGGGUUUGAGAAUCAUUGCUGUGAAAUCUUUUUUUCAACAAUUGCAUUUACACUGGUCAUGAAAGUGUUUUUUUGCAUUGAAUUCUUCCCCAUUUCCUUUGUGGCACAUUUAUUGGUGCAGGUAAACCAUUUCAAUUAUCCAGUGUUUAAUUACUAUCCAAUGUAGUUUUAUUAGACAGUCAUGUCUGUGUCGCUCUUACAGUGAGGUACCA